GACAACAACCAACGCUAUUUUUUUUAUUUUUUUUUGGUUUUAACUGCGUUUACAAGCCUGAACCCAAGAAUUGAUGGGGUGGACCCGAGUCGUCUACCAGUCUACCAGAGAGAUCCACGCCUUUCUUACUCGCUAAGGAAACUUGCACUAUAUUUGUACAUUUUCAGUCUCUCUAACACACACAAAAUCAUGGAGGAGCCACUGCUCUCAGAACAAGGAAGUGAAGCGGGAGAGAAAGAGAGCGGAAAAUGGAGUUCGUACCAGUACGUGGGAAGAACGGGCUCUGUGAUUCCUACUACUUCGUUGGCCGGCACUGAGGUCAGCGUCGAGGAGAUUCGGUCGGCGGCUUUUUUUUCCGAUCCCUACCCGCCUUCCCUUCACAGCGCUUUGGUCAGCGAGCCCGAGCCCGAGCCCGAUCCUAAUGAGCAAGCUAUUGUUUAUCAAGGUGGAUAUGGAGGAGAUUAUGGUGGAGCCACCAGUGAUUUCGGGAGGCAAAUAUUGGAUGAAGUAGAGAUACGUGAAUUGCUCAUUGAUCAUGUUGGUCAUCGUUGCUGUUGGGGAAGUCGUCCUGCUCGGACAUGGAAGAUUCAUGCAGUGGAAGACUGCAAUGUUUAUGUAGGAACCCUAGAUACUUUUAUAGAGGAAAGGGAAACUUUAAGAGAAACAGAACCAUACCUCAGUGGGGAUAUUGAUGGAAGGGAUAAAGGGCCUGAACUUGGAAUCUGGGAAUUGGAUUUAAAAUCUGAGUUCCCUGUCCUAUUUAUACCUUAUAAAGAAUCAAAAGCGAAAAUUCCUCAUUCUGAACGCAUUGAGAAAUGCUCAGGAUGUGCAGGACGGGGAAAUAUCGUCUGUUCUAAAUGUAAUGCAGACCAAGAACCUGGAUUUUUUAAGGAAAAUCAGAUGGCCCAAUGCCCUGUUUGUUAUGGAAGAGGUUUAAUUGCCCAUAGAGAUGGAUCUGACACAAUAUGUAUGAAAUGUAAUGGCAAGGGACAGAUUCCCUGUGCUACUUGUGCAUCUCGUGGGCUAAUUAAAUGUGAGACAUGUCAUGGAAGUGGUUCUCUUCUCUCACGCAAUGUUGCAGUUGUUAGAUGGAAGACACUCUCAAAUCGAAAAGUUGGUGCAACAAGCGGAGCAGCAUCAGUUCCUGAUGAGGUUUUCCACAAAGCCAAAGGUGUCCAGUUGUGCAACACUCAGGCAUAUCAAUGCACUCCAGCCUUUUUUGCCGACUCUUUCUUCCUCAACAAGUUUUCUUCUGAAGUUAUUGCGGACAGAGCUCAUGUACCUCCCUCCUCUAGGGUCAUAUGUGAGAGGCAUACCAUCUCCGUUGUGCCAGUUACACGCGUCACCAUGGCUCAUCGUGCUCGAACCUUUACUUUCUAUAUUAUUGGUUUUAGCAGGGAGGUUUACUUGAAGGAUUACUAUCCUUCACGGUUUUGCUGGGGUCUAUGUCCUUGCUUGGAGUGGCUGAAGCUGUGAUUUGGCAAAUUUUCAUGUUCCUUUGCUGCUUUUGCCGAGCAAUAAGUUAUGGGAUUUCUCAUUUUCAAAAUAUUUGGGACCAAAAUUUCAUUUGUUGGUAAAUAGUUUGCUUGCAUUGCAGCACUUGGGGUGUUGUUCUGCUACACCAUAUCACGGCGUUUGUAUGUACUAUUGCUCUUUACCAUUGAGUGCUUUUUGAGAUAAUGAAAGUUCUGUUUCUUUUUGUAA